CAGCACCAGGCUCCGCCGGCCCCGGGACUGCGGCUGCUCCGGGACUGCGACUGCGGCUGCUCCGGGGCUGCGGCUGCAGCGCCCCCGGGCUCGGAUCCCCCCCCGGGCUCCCGGCGCCCCCGGGCAGCGCUGAGCCCCGCGAUGGGGCCCGGCGGGAGCCGCUGGACCCUGGCUGGCACCGUGCUGGCGGCCGUGGCCACCGCGCUGGUGUCAGGGGACGAGGACUGCCUGUGGUACGUGGACAGGAACGGCUCCUGGCACCCCGGCUUUGACUGUGAGCUCUUCACCUUCUGCUGUGGCACGUGCUACCACCGGUACUGCUGCCGUGACCCGCUGCGCAUUCUCACCGAGCGCCAGCAGCGCCACUGCCUUGCCUUCAGCCCCAAGACCAUCGCUGGCAUUGCCUCGGCGGUGGUGCUCUUCAUCGCCAUCGUCACCACCGUUGUCUGCUGCUUCAUGUGCUCCUGCUGCUACCUGUACCAGCGCCGGCAGCACCUCCGCACCCCCCUGCAAGGCCCAGAGAUCCCUCUGUCCAGCUACCCCCCUGCCCCCCCGCCAGCCCCCUUCCCCAUGGACCCCAAAGCUGGCCCCGUGCCCCCCCAGCCCGGCUUCACCCCCAUGGCCAUGUACCCACCGCCCGCCCCCGCUGCCCAGUACCCGCUGUACCCCUCGGGGCCCCCCGUCUUCAACCCUACAGCGCCACCGCCCUACAUCCCGGCACAGCCCAGCUACCCCGGAGCCUGAGCCCCCGCGGGUGCCCCAGCACCCCCAGCAUGGCUGGGCUGGGGACCCUCGUCCCCCUACCGUGGGGACAGGAGGGGGCUCCGGCCAGGGCAGGAUCAGGCCCUUCCCAGCUGUCCCGGCGAUGACUUCGUGCCAGCAGCACAGAGCUGCUCUUGUCCUGCACACUGGGCCCUUUGUGGGUGCCUUCACGCCAGCGCUGGGUGCCAGCAGCCCUGUGGCACCCCUGGAGGGGGACGAUGCCCGGGGCGGGGUCCUGUACAUCCUUGCACCCCUGCACGCCCGUGUCUGGAUUCAUCCAUGGCUCUUUCCACCCCCACGCCCCGUGUUGGUAUUAAACCACAUCUUGUACCCCACACCCCAUGUUGUCUCAGU